AUGUCGCGCGGGCGCGUCAUGGCCCGACUCGCCCUCGACGCGAUCGACGCCAACGUCGGCGCGCGCGCGGGCGCGGCGUCGGCGUCGGAGAAGGAUGGGGAUGGUGCGAAUUUGAAUUCAAAACGACGCCAGGCGAACGAUUCGAACGUGUCGUCGACGAAGCGGACGAAGGGCGAGGCGGACGCGAGCGACGGAGCGGCGUCGAGGGAGAACGCGCGUGAUGCAGCGUCGCGCGCGCGGGCGUCGGCGUCGGCGUCGGAGGGAGGGCGAGCGGGGACGAUGACGGAUGGACGGGCGCUUCCGAUGAAAUUCAGACGGGCGCUCGACGCGUGCGAGUCGACGUUGUUCGUCGCGCGAUUUAUGCGCGCGAGAGGGAUCCUGGCGAACGCAGAUGCGGUGUGUGCGAACGUUGAGCGGGCGACUGGGUCUAGGUGCACGCUUGAGACGCUGCGGUUGGUUGCGGCGUUGAGCGGCGGCGGCGUGCGGUUGCGAGCGAGAGGGUCGAGGACGGACGCGAGGCGGGUGCGCGUGGAGGUGGAUUUCGGCGACGGUGAUGAAGCGAAUGGUGAUGUGACGGGGCUAGCGGCGAUGAAAGCGCGCGUCGAAGAGAUUCGCGUUCGGAUGAUCGAGACGGUGGCAAAAGUGCACGGUUCGGACGCGAGCGGAGCGACGAUGGAGACGUGGCGAGACGAUUUCGAUCUCGAGAGCGUCGAACUUCCGGAGUUGGCGGAGAUCGAGCUCGAGGAUGAGGAAGAGCAACGCAGAGUGGAGCCGAGACUUUUGUCGUCGUCGAGCGCACCCAUCUUGGGUGAGUCAAAGGAGCGCGUGAGUGAGGGCGAGCUCAUUCGAACGAUGUCGGAUUUGGGUCCUGAGUGUAAGGGACUUUCUAAGAGCGCGAUCCAGGCCGUACUCGAGCGUCAGGCCGUGGUGGACGCGUACAACUCCCCAGUCGCCGUCGCCGAUCGCGAGCGCCGCAGAUUGUACGGUCGACUGCCGCAAGUCUUUGAUGCGGUGCGUUCAACGUUCGCCGCCGGGAAGCGCCGUGUCAUGGAGCUUAAUCUCCUCCUCGACGAGCUUGCUCGCACGAACGCGCGGGCACCGGUGUCGAACGAUGAGUUGAUCGAUUCUAUACGCAUUCUCACGCGAACGUGCCCAGAAUGGUGCGCCAUCGCGCCAUCACGAAGUGGCGACGAGGAACUCUUCCGCAUCGUCAAUCGAGACCCCGGAGUGGCGCGAGACGCCCGCGCGCGCGUCUCCGCGCUCUGCCGAGACGCCGCAAAGUAA